UGGCUUGUGCCCAUCACUUUGGAGCUGGGAAGGCAGACGGGCGAGUGUGGUCUGGUCAGUCCUCCAUCAGCGACAGAGACGGAGUUUUAGCCCUUUCCCCAUCCGCCACCCCCUUCUCCGUCCCCAAAGCAUCAAGAAAAUACCACCCCCUCCCAUUCCAAAAGACCCUUCCUUCCCAACUCCAACCCUCACCUGGCUACUGCGGGAGGCAGCCGUCCAUCCGUUUGGCUAUCCAAAUGCAGUGAGACUUGUUGUUGAUUUCCUCUCGCCUGGCUCCUGUCCAUUCUCUCUCCCCGCUUUUGCCCGCCGCCCCUUCUACAGUUCCGCCGCCCCGUUAGCCAGACAAUGGGCACGGUCCUGUCUUUGUCCCCGGAGCCCAAGGGCAAAGGUGGCACGGUGGAGGACGGCCACCCUGGAGCGGGCAAGAGCGGCAAAGAGAGGAGCCUGAAGAAGCACUCAGUUCUCAUCUCCGCCCUGACCUGGAAACGCCUGGUCGCCGCCUCGGCCAAGAAGAAGAAAGCCAAGAAGGUGAACCCGAGCCAGCCUCCUCAUGCCAACGACAAUGCCAGCGGCGCCAUCAGCAACAACAAUAACCCGGUCAAGCAACUCAACGAGAAGAACCUGAAGAAGUCCUACCCCCCGCUGCAACCCGCUGCUCAGCACCGGGCUCUUCCAGUGCCAGUGCCAGUUGUACCCCCCAGCAGUGCCAGGCAGCUGGGAUCGGUGCAGAAGCAAGCCAGCAGCCGCAGCCCGGCCUCUCCACGCCGUGUGGUGGUGCAGGCGUCCACCGGGGAGCUGCUGCGUUGCCUGGGCGAGUUCCUGUGCCGGCGCUGCUACCGCCUGAAGCAGCUGAGCUCCGGUGAGGCGGUGCUCUGGUUCCGGGGGGUGGACCGGGCUCUGUUGCUUCAGGGUUGGCAAGACCAAGGCUUCAUCAGCCCGGCUAAUGUGGUCUUCGUCUACCUGCUGUGCCGGGAGGUGGUGAGCGAAGAGAUCGCCAGUGACUUCGAACUGCAGGCCACCUUCCUCACCUGCCUGUACCUCGCCUACUCCUACAUGGGCAACGAGAUUUCCUACCCCCUCAAGCCCUUCCUGGUGGAAGCCAACAAGGAGGUUUUCUGGGACAGAUGCCUCUCCAUUAUCGGCCAGAUGAGUGCCAAGAUGCUUCAGAUUAAUUCAGACCCGCAUUACUUCACUGAGGUCUUCCAAGACCUCAAGAACGAAGCCAGCAGCAGAGACUGUAGUGGACAAUACAUCAUAAAUCUGGACCGUUAGGGUGGCCCUGUCUUUCCUGCUUCUCUUAGCGAGAAAUCUAGUGUAUGUGUAUAGAGACAGACUGGGUGAUCAGAUCUAUUAGUAAGAGCUGCAGUCCCCGUGCAAAUGAGACUGGGUUCUGGGAACAGAUAGAGAGAGGGAGGAUAAAAUACGACUAUCCCAGAACUCAAAAUCGAGACAAAGAUUGGCACAGAUUUUACUCGCAAUCAAAAUGGGAGCCUAAAUGCUCACUCCACAGUGUUCCUUUCUGUUUUUCGAAAAAAAAUUGUGGUUUAUUUUCCAGUUGUGCUGUAAAUCACAGUCUCAAACGUGAUCAUCGUUUUUAAGUUUUAAGAUUUCUUUUGCAGAGGGAGGGCUCGAUCUGAAUGAAACAGAAUGCGUAUGCCAAAAAAAAAGAUAAACUUGUCCUCGUUUAUAUUCCAUUGUGGCUGUAGAUGGUGACGGAGCUUCAGUCAAAGUCUGUCGGACAAGUGUUGUAGAUAAGAGUAUGGAUAUAUAUCUAUAUAUAUGUAUGUAUAUAUAAAUUUAUUUAUUUUCCAAUUUUUGGGAAGGAUAAUUACAGCUGUAUUUCUGAGCGCCUUUUGGCUGUGCGUGUGGGUGGGGUGUCUCAGAGACAGACUGAGAGGCGGCUAGAGCGAUGACUGCUCUCCAUGGUGCUGAUGCUUUCAGACCUCAAGUGUUCCAUUUUGCACAUUUUCAUCAGCAGGGUCUACUUCUACCAUUACCUGAAUGUACAUUAUUAUUUUGUUUCCUCUCGGCAAAGAACAAAAAAAAAUCAACAAAGAGGCGGGGGUUUGUUGUUAAAAAGAAAAACGUGCCAAUUGUUGGGAUAUGAUAAAUAAUGUUUUGUUUUGUAUUGUAUACUAAAUUUGCUGGAGCAUCUACAAAUAUAUUGCAAAUAUGGUCAGA